GCGGUCACACUGACGAAAACAAACGCGACGAUAUUACAAAAUUAUAAUUUUAAGCAAAUAUAAUAAUAAACCAAGAAUAAUCGACAUCACCAACGAGAGGACAGCGAGGAGCACAUCGCAAUGCCGUCGAGAAGAGGUGCAAGUACCGCCAAGGCCAAUGAGGACGCCCUGAAUGCCCGCAAUACGGUCAGCGGGCCGAGGAGCAAGCGAAUCGCCCUGAACAGCCGAAAUCGGAGUCUCGGUGGAGAAAAGAAGACAAUGGUCGCCCAACCGCAGCGAACGUUCCCGCCAAAAUCCGAGUACGAGAAGUUCUACGAGUCCGUGUUCCUGGCGGAGGAAUCCCAGACGGAAGAAGAAGAGCCCCUAGAUUGCCCAAAGCCAGGUCCGCGCUCUAAGCGACCACUGCAUAUCCUACUAAACGAUGAUGAUUCUCAGUCGGAAACUUCGCGGCCCGCUAAGAUUUCCACCAUGAAAAAAAUCGCUGAGCCAGUGGAUCGAGUAAACGGCAUCUCCCCAAAGCCGAAAACCAAAAUCCGUCAAGAUAAAUUUGAGGAUUACUACACCAAAACGGAACGUCACGUCUGGAAAAAGGAUGCCGAGCAAAUGUUACUCCAAUUGUGGGCGCAAAACUUAAAGGAGUUCCGCGGCGAAUCGAAGAAUGUCCUUACCUACCGGAAGAUGGCUGAGCAGAUGUCCCAGUUUGGGCCGAGCCAUACGGAGCUCAAAACGAAAAUGGACAAUAUGUCUCGAAAAUAUCGUAUAGAAGCUGAGAGAGUCCGGGAAAGCGGAAUUCCAUCUAAGUGGGAAUACUUCCACAAGCUUCAAGCACUCCUAAUUGGCACCAAAGCCGUUGAUGUGUUUGAAGACAUUAUGCAUGAUAAUCCAGCUGAGGCCUUAAAUUUCGAGCAGGAUGCGGAAUCUGAGGAUGAAGAAAUGGAUUUAAUGAAAGAUGAAUCAGUGGGAGUGGAUCGUAAAAAUGGAUUUGAAAAUGAAUUGUGUGCGAAGAAAAGCAUCAAAAGAACGCUGACUCCCUCUCCAACUAUCCCAGACAUCCUGGAAGAAGAGGAGGAAGAUCAGAUGGAAGAAAGAUCACCCUUGCCCAUCCCGAAAUAUCGUACUAAAAGGAAGAUGCCGAUUAGCCAUGCAAACAGAAUCCUUCAAAUAGAAGAGGAGAAACUGUUGAUCGAGCGAGAAAAGCUGCAGGUUAUGAAGGAAGCGCUUCUGGAGCUAAAUUCAUUCCACAAAGAUAUAGUUCAUUUGUGUAAGCACAAAAAUCAUUAAAAUAAAUAUUAAGUUUUAUAAUCGGAAAUUAGUUUGGUACAAUUUAAUGACGUUAUAAAGAUACUGAAUAUUCUUUGCAAUUUGUUUGAAAACUGUGGAAAUAUUAAUUUGGUUAAUUUUAAAA